AUGGUUAAACGUGAGCAUGAGUGCGAGCAUAAUUUGAAGAAUUGUGUCCACAAGAAACCUAAGCAAGGGAUGGAAUACCACACAGUCCUGGAUGAGAAACUCUGUGAGGAACACCCAGCACUGACAGUCCAUGGGCCCGAUGGGCUGUUUGAAGCUCGGCUGAUGGCUAUGCUGGAGGUGUCACUCAAGGGUCUCGAUGAGCAGGGGCUCGUCCACUUCGAGCAGCUCAUACGAGAAGAGCCCAAUCAGUACGGGGAGGUGUACCACCUUGUUCUUGAGCUGUGCAAUUGCAGCCUUCAGGACCGGAUCAAGUACAAGGGGCAGCUUGAUGAGGAAGAAUCUGCAAAGAUCGUCAUAGCUCUUGCCAAGACGCUAAAGAGGGUUCAUGACAACGAGAUCAUCCACUGCGACCUGAAGCCCGCGAAUGUUUUGCUGAAGUACCCGCGGCCUGGGAAGUUCUAUGUCCCAAAGGUGUCCGACUUUGGGAUGGCUUGCUGGAUGGAGGAUCUGUGGAACGAGCGUGGGGCUGAGACGUGGGAUUAUAUGUCCCCCGAAGCGAUGCUCGAUAGGCGCUAUAUCACAGCCAGCGAUGUGUGGGGCUUAGGGAUGCUGCUUUACACUUGUCUCACGGCAACUUGUCCAUUCCCAAAUAUGGAUGUGGAGGUGGUAUUUAAGAAUGCACGCAAGCGAGAUCGAAGUUUAAAGAACCUCCAUCACAAUUCUAUGGAUUGGGAUAGCAUUCCAUCCCUUUCUGCAAGGCAGCUUAUCCAAGGCAUGACAGAAUUGGAUCCCGGAAGGAGCAAAGAGAAAGGGAAACGAGUGAGAGAAGGAGAAACCGAGUGA